GCCACCAGCGAGGAGCUGAGCGACCCCAGGACUCGAACAGGUCCGUCCUGCCGUGAGGUGCCGCAAUACCGUCCGCACGAGCCCCGAGUUUCAGGAGCAGUAACAUUACUGCUAACAUUGAAUCUGUAAUGAUUUGUUAAUUCUGUGGCAGCCUGCUAGUCAACAGCUAGCCACCUGGCUAGAGUUGGGGAUUGUGGGUAAAAUCGGGGGGCAUACAUGUGUUAUAGUUUUAUGUACAGCCACAGGACAUAUAAAAGCCUCCAGGAAUCAGUUCCAGCACAUGGACGGGUCCAGCAGCAUGGCUCAGAAGACGGCUCUGAUCGUUUACGCCCACCAAAGCUCGGCGUCCUUCAACGCCGCGGCUCGAGACGCGUCCGUUCAGGAGCUGAAGAACCAGGGAUUCAAAGUCAUUGUGUCCGACCUGUACGAAAUGAACUUCAGGGCCAGCGCCACACAGGACGACAUCAUCGGGGAUCUGAAGAAACCAGAACAUUUCCAGUACGGCGAUGAGACCAUGCUGGCGUGGAAGGAGGGCCGCCUCAGUGAGGACAUCGUAGCAGAGCAGCGCAAGGUUGAGGAAGCUGAGCUCAUCAUCUUUCAGUUUCCCUUAUGGUGGUUCAGCGUGCCUGGCAUCAUGAAAGGCUGGAUAGACAGAGUGCUGACCCAAGGCUUCGCUUUUACCCUGCAGAAGAUGUACGACAAUGGUGGUUUCAAGGGUAAGAAGGCAAUGCUUUCUUUCACCACUGGAGCAACACAGACAAUGUUCCAGCCUGAUGGUUUGAAUGGAGACGUCAAUGUUGUGCUGUGGCCUCUGCAGAACGGCGUUUUGCGCUUCUGUGGAUUCCAGGUUCUCGCUCCUCAGAUUUUCUGGGCUCCGGCCCACUCUCCUCUUGAAGUGCGGACCGCAAUGCUUGAGGGCUGGCGAGCCCGACUCAAAGGACUGCUGGCAGAGGAGCCUUUGACUUUUGUCCCCACGCAGAUGUUUGACCUCAGUUUUAAGGGAGGGUUCAAGCUUUGGCCCAAAGUGAAGGAGGACCAGGAGUCAGAGCCCUAUGGUUUCACCACAGGACAUCACCUAGGGAAGCGUCUGCCGCCCGACAACCAGCUCAAAGCUCAGGCCACGAAGCAAAAAUAGCCUUUAAAUAUAUACAGAUGCUUUUUAUUUACACUAUAACCUGUGCUUUAAUGAUGAUGUCUUAUAAAUCUAAAAUAUAAACAUAUAGUUAAAAAUUAUACAUUUAAUGUUCAGACAAAUAUGUAUUGUUUAUUAGUUUACAUGUGAAUAAUAAAUAACAGGAUUCAGAAAUGGACAUUGUUAAAAUUAAAGAAAACCAUGCUAUGAUGA